AUGGUCCUCGGAUCUGUGAUUUGGUUUGUAUUUUCAUCCAAACACCAGCAGAAAUUGAAUCGACAAGCUACCACUGUUAGAGAUGCCUCUUUUAAAUCCUCAAGUUCCGACUCAACGUAUCUCAGCACCGAGAAAUGCACCAAGAAGGAUUUCGCCCUGGCCAAUGCAUCACUUCUAGAGAAUGCCUCAAAUCAAAAGAACCAGUCCCUCGCGAAAUUGAUAACAGACUUUUUACCUUCAAGACGUGGAUCCAUCGCCUCGCCUUUGUCGAAUACCCCAAGUUCCAGCACUUCUUCAGGGGAGUUGCCAACGACCACUCGAAGUCAAGAGGAAAUCAAAUCUUUUGGAGAUUUUCCUGAUUACGCUAUGUUAAGCGGAACCACAUAG